AUGGGUCUGGGGUUGGUGGUGGAGAACCAGCCUGGCUGUAUUGUGGAAAAUGUCUUUGCUAGGGACGGGAAGGGGCUUAUAUGUGCCGCAAACACACACCCCCAUUUAAAAAUCUCCUUUCUUCUCUCUUCCUGCCUGCAGAGCUGUGGAGGAUGACGGCUGAACCGCCUGAAAGAGGUGAAGGCCUUUAUCACGGAAGACCUUCCUCUUUAUCACAACCUCGUCAUGAAACACCUUGCCGGGGCGGAUCCUGAACUGGUGCUGCUCAGCUCCGGAUACAGAGAGCUGGAGAGGAUCCCCCUCAGUGACAUGACCCGGGAGGAAAUCAACCACCUGGUCCAGGAGCUGGGCUUCUACCGGAAGGAGACCCCCGACGGCCCCGUCCCGGAGGAGUUCCAGCAAGCCCCAGCCAAGCCCUGGCCUGCCUCUGAGGAAGCCAAGAAGAACCCCAGGCCAGAGGAGAAGGGGGCUACGGGUGAGGAGCUCUAGAGAGAUGGGCGCUCUAGAAAAACCUCCGGGCUCUAGAGAUCUGGGCAUUCUAGAAGACCUCCAGGCCCAGGUGGGUCAGCAAGAGGGCAAGUUUUUGGAUUCUGGGCGAUGCGUUGGUGCAGGAUCCGUCCAGCAGGGCUGUGGGUGGGCUGCAGGAGGGAAGUUAAGCCAAAGAACACGGCAUGGAAUGCAAAUGUGGCCCGUCACAUGGAGAAAACACCAUUUGUUUCUAGUCCUCAUUGUUGCAGAGACAUGCUUGGACACGCUUGUGCACUACCGGCUGACGUUUUGUCCAAAGUAUAGGGCGUCAGCUUUUCGACAACGGUGAUGAUGCAAAAUAAGGGAAGGAAAGUGUUUCCUGAAAUCAGGCUGAGGGGCAUGCGUCCUACAGGUUCCAGCCUCCACUUCUCCUCACCGCCAUUGCCAAAUUUGGUUUUCAUUUUUUAAAAAAAAACCUUUAAACAUGUGUACGAACCGCCAUCUGGAAGCAACUGUGCCCUACGGUGGCUUGGGCCAAGUGGCCACCACGUGGCGUCAAGCCAGGUCUGGUGGCACAGAAGCUGGCCCUUGCCCCACUUCUUUCCGGAGACGAAUUCUCGAGGCUGCCCCUCCGUUCGCAAGAUCGCCCUCCUGCCGUCCCCUGGCGAGUCCUGCUGCACCAGUGCUCUUAAACGCCUUUGUUUCCGCUCGCCCCGUCUUAAGAACGGGUUGUUGUGGGUUUUAAUCCCCCGCCGCUGAGCUCCAUGGGCCGGGGACAGGAUGAAGCCCUUUGCAGAAAACUCUGGUGCAGAGGGCCGAUCGACAAAGUGUCCCAUCCGGCUCAGGAGCAAAAGCAUGCCGGGAAAUAUGACCCACUUCCCCCCCCAAAAAAAACCCUCUUCAAUUGUGUAUUAAAACAUUAAAAAGUCCUGCUUGUCCAUAA